UUCAUCUAAAGCCAUAAUUGUCAUUAUUGAUUUUCUCAUCGUCUCUUACUUUCUCUCUCUAAGCGUCAAUGGCGUCCUCGAAUUUCGCGCUUCUACUUCUCGCUUUCUCUCUCCUCGCCGUCUCCGCCGCCGCCCGGCCAUGCAAAACCCUAUUCUUCAUCACCUCCACUUCCUAUUACCAGAUCCCCACAACUAUUUCUCGAAACCCUAACCCUAACCCCAAUUUCUUCCUCCGUAACCCCUCUAUUUCUCCUCGAUUCCGUGCUUUCUUCGUCACCACCUCCGGUUUCCGUGACGAUGCUCCGAGAUUCGGACUUCUUAGGCCAUCAGUUUUCUUCCGAAGAUCCGACCCAUUUCUAAUCCGUGGACCCGACCCGGUUUUCUUCGAACGAGAGGACGCUGUUGAACAUGUGGAAGAUGGAGAGGAACUGGAGAGCCGAUCAUCGUCGAUGAUUCCGGUGGAACUUUACUCGUCGGUGACGAGCUCAAUCCGUGACCGGACCAAGGAUAUUAUGAGGGUUGUUGGAGCUUUGCUUUUCGGUGUGGGUUGUGGUGCGUUAACUGCUGCGAGUAUGUAUUUGAUCUGGUCGCUUUUCUGGCCUAACCGCUUCGAGUUUGAGGAUUCUGAUGAUGAGUUCGAGGACGGAAAUGACGAUUAUGAUGUUACCAGUGCUAAGAAGAUGGGAUAUGUGGCGAUUCCGACUAAAGUUGUGGAUGAUGAUUUGAAGAAGCCUGCUGCUCCGACUAAAGAAGUGGUAUGAAAGGUGGUCUCUAUGUGUAAGUGUUUGGUUAAUAGGGGAACGUUUAAACAUUUCUGCUUUUUGUUGAAUGCAUUUGUUAUUGAUGCUUCAAAAAUUGAUGAACAAAUGUGUUGAAUUACAGUGACUUUACUUUUGUUUAUAUGUUAGUAUUGUAAUGGAGGAGUGCAUCCUCCAUGUUCAUUGGGUAGUAUAUCGUGUAUUCACCAUCGAACAAAUAUAAAAAUUAUGAUGGUUUCUUAUAAUGUGAUGUGCAAUGCGCUACUCCUUGUGUUAAA